GGGUGUCAGAGCGGAAGUUGUAAUGUUUUUACCUCUGUAUCUUCUGUGAUGUCAACCAAAUAGAAUUCUAUUUCAAGCCUUGGUCACCAUUGUUUAAAACACAUUUUCUGCAAUUGUUUUAUUAACCUCUCUUUUCCGUCUCGAACGUGAAGCUGUAUAGGAUGCUGCAUCGGUUGUGGCUGCGAGCUAACGGUAGCUAACGUAUAGCUUGCAGUUAGCAGCUGGGCUGUUAUGACAGCAGAUGAAGAAAAUGCGGUGUCUUGAAGGUUCACAUCACCACCAACGAAACCAUGGGUGCAGAGAGUGGAGGUGUGGUUCUGUUCGAGGACUUGGAUUUCCCCGCUAAUGACGCUUCCUUGUUCUCUGAUGGCUCCACACCUAUAGCCAGACUUCAGGGCAGUGUCAUCUGGAAACGUCCGCAGGAGAUCUGCCAGUCACCGGUUCUGUAUCCUGAAGACGUCAGCCAGGCUCAUGCGAAACAGGGAUUUCUGGGAGACUGCUGGUUUCUGUGCGCAUGCUCCAUCCUGCUCAAGAACAAGCAUCUCCUGCACAAGGUGUUUUCACCAGACCAGCCUUUUUGGGGAGACAGCAAGUACAGAGGCUCCUUCCACUUUAGGUUUUGGAAGCAUGGACACUGGAGAGAGGUGACCAUUGAUGACAGCCUGCCGUGUAUCAAUUCAACUCCCUGCUUCUCACGCUGCCACUCCCCCAACGCCUUUUGGGUGUCCUUAUUGGAAAAGGCCUAUGCUAAGCUUCAUGGCUCAUAUGAGCGGCUGUGGGCUGGGCAAGUCUACGAAGCCAUGGUGGACUUGACAGGUGGAUUGGCGGAGUGCUGGAGCUUGGGUGACGUUGGAACAGAGGACAGGCUGAAACCCGAACGGGACCGCGAUGAGGUCAGAAGGAGGAGACUGGAUUUGAACCUCCUGAACUCUAUGAUGGAUGCCUGUGCCAUCAGCUGCUCAACUCACAGCAAUCCUGGAGUUUCAGGCUGCAGUGAGCCAGACCAGCACCAUGCACUCUCUGUGAUGGAGUGGGUGGAUGUGAAGAAGGUUAAUGGCACUGAAGUGCGACUUCUCAGGCUCAAGAAUCCUUGGGGGAGAUGCUCAUGGGGAGGAGCCUGGAUGGAAGGAGGUGAAGGCUGGGGCUCUGUUGACCAUGUUUACGCCUUGACCCUGCAGUCAAGACUAAAAGAUGGAGAGUUUUGGCUUGAUAUAAAUGAAUUUUUGUCGGAGUUUGAUGACGUCACCGUGGGAUACCCCAUCAGUGAAGAGGGGCACCUACAGAGUAUAUAUACAGGGGGUGUUCUGAAACACAGUCAGCAGCUGGCGGGCCGCUGGCUGAAAGGUUUCUCCUCGGGUGGAAGUCGCAACAGCAGCAGCUACACCAGCAACCCAAAGUUUUGGCUUAAAGUGUCUGAGAAAGCAGAGGUGCUUGUGUCGCUGCUGCAGCACAGGAAGUGGAUGAAGGCGGAUGAAAGCAGAAGGACGUGUCAUGAGGGCGGCAGUGACACUACUCACCAGCGCUAUCAUGCUAUUGCCCUUCACAUGUGGAAGGUGCAGAAAAAGCAUUUUAAUCUGAGCCGAACUGUGAACCAACCUCCACAUGCUUCUACUCACUGCCACACCUACGAUAGAGAGGUGGUGCUGCCUGGACUGCUGGAGCCUGGCUUCUACCUGCUGAUCCCCAGCUGUUACCAGCAUGGAGCGGAGGCCAACUUUCUCAUCAGGGUCUUCUCCUCCUCCCCUGCAUCACUCAGUGCCCUAAAAAGCCCAGCACCACCACUGCCAAUCGCUGCAAACGCUGAGUGGGAGACUCAGCACUUCCGUGGCUCAUGGGUGAAAGGACGAACAGCAGGAGGAAGCAGGAACUUCACGUCUCACAGGGAGAAUCCGUGCUUCCCAUUUACAGUGUCCGAAGACUCGACCAGGCCUAUGGGUGUUAAUAUCAAGAUCACCCUGCAUCAGGGUGCGGCUGAUUCUGACCUGCUCCCCAUUGGCUUCCACGUCUACAAGGUCCCAGAUGGAGACAUGUCUGAGGCCUGGGUGGAUCCUGUCGCCAGCUGCGUCCCUCACUGCUACACUCCGGACGUCAGCCUGUCCUGCCGUCUGUCCCCUGGACUGUACCACGCCGUACCGUCCACCUAUCAGCCCGACUGCUCAUCGGACUUCACACUCAGCGUCGCCCGCAUCAUCAACAGGAAGGUGGUCCAAAGCAAGGAGUGUUUGGGGAAAGCUAUUCAAGAGGUUUCCAGUAUCUCUGUGAUGACAAGCCAGUUCACUUGACCACUGCCGAUGGUCUCCUCAAACAUGCAGAGCCUUGUGCGCUUGCUGCGGCGUGUUCGGACAUGUACGUGCAGCGAAACUGUGUGUCAGGACUGGGAGAUGGCCCUUCAUCCUGAACCGCCGCGGCUCCGGGCCGAUGGCCCGCCACACACUCUUCAGAGAUUAGGACAUCAGAGGUUGUCGGUGGGCUGGGCUCCUAAUGAAGUAUGACGGGACUGACUGGUGUAAACAAACAGCCGCCAUUGAAGAGGGCCGCCGCUGCUCUUGCUCAUUCACUCACUGAUGCGCCCGGCGGACUAGAACAAAGAGCGCUCUCAUCAAGGUUCUCACUGAGGCACAGGGGGCGAGGAAUGAGGGGAUGGACUCUCACCGCACUGUGCCACACCGUGUAACUUUCCGGUUCUUUCUCUUAUACUCUCUGGUCAAUAUCAUGGUAGCCUUUUAUUUUAGAUGAUGUUUAGGUGACUCUCCGUACGAUCGGUACGUUUCUAGCUUUCCUUUUGCCCUGAACUCCACUUCAACUGUGUGGCUGUUUGAUGGUGCCGUACGGGAGGAUGACGGAGGGUUGAAAGGGUGGAUGCGGCACAUCAGAGGCGGCGUAUGAAAGGGGUCGCUCGCCCUUUUUCUAUGAGGCUGUGUGUGUUUCUGGAGCUCAUACAAGACUGUAUGUGUGCAGAAUGACAUGCUCUGUGAUCAUUGAAUCUCUGGAGCCUGUAGUACGUUUUGGAAAUAAGUGAUUACAGUCACACACUUUGAGAUGUGUGCGGGAAUAAAAAGGCUGAAACAAAAGUCUGAGCUCGCUUCACUAGACUGUUUCACACCAUACGUUUGGAGCCACGUGAAACUUCUCAGCUGUCACGUUCAACUUUACGUGCGCGUCCACGGAAGUUCACAUUGCGCGCCGCCGUUGCUGCGGAAUCCCGGAGGCAGUAGUCGAACUCGGAAAAGCUACAAAAUAAUGAACAACAAAUUUGACGCCUUAAAAGAUGACGACAGUGGAGACCAUGAACAGGACCAAGGCUCACCGAAAGACUGUGAGAAGGAAAAGAUUGAAGAUGAGGAGAAGGAGCAGAACAUCACAAAGAAAAAAAUGGUUGUACCUGGGGCAGGAGAGCACCCUCUCCAGUA